GUGAGGAUAAACCAAGUGAGGCUGAGUUUUUCACACCAUAAAUUUGUGAGAAAGAAAAAGAAGAGAGCCUUUUUUUGUUCUUUGGUGAGAUCUAGACAAUUUGAGUGGUUCUGGUUUUUGUUGUUUGAAAAUCUUUCCCCCUUUUCUCUAUUAAUCCCCGCUUCUCUGAAUCCCUUUCUGUUAAUCAUCUGUCUUUUGAAUCAAAAUCUGAUUUUUGGGUUUGUUUUUCAUCAGUACUUAGCAAAUGGGUCAAAAGCAAACUUAGACAAGGAUUUCUUUAAAAGUCAGGUGUUUUCAGAAACGAGAUCCAGUUUUUUUUUUUUUUCCUUCAGCUUUGUUGAUACAAAGUUUCAAUAUUUGUUUCUAUUACAAGGUAAAUCUUAGAAAAUUUCUCAUUUUUUUUCGUCUGUAGAUAAAUUCGCUUUGUGGGUAAUUUUUGAUCCCUCAAAGUUUUAAAUUUUUUUUUGGUUGGAUUUCAAAGGGUUGUCUAUUUUUAAAAAGAAAAACCUCUUUUAAUCCGUUCUGGAUUUAGGACCUGUUCUUCAAGUUUUGGUAAGAAACAGGUUAAUUUUUAUUUUUAAUUUGGUCCUCAUCUUAUUUCUAGUUUUAGUGUAAUGGCAGCUGCAAUGGAUUUCAUUAGUAGUGGAGUAGAUCAAUCAGAUCUAUAUGGGGGAGAAUUGAUGGAAGUUCUUGAACCUUUUAUGAAAAGUGUUUCCUCCUCUUCCCCCUCCCCCUCCCCCUCCCCUUCCCCUUCUUCUCUUCCUUCUACUUCUUACCUUUCUUUCUCUUCUUCCGAAACACAGCCUAAUUUUUACCCAGAUAGCUGUUGUUACCCUUACCCUACACAAAUGGACUCAUUAUCAUGUCCCCAACAGCCUCAAACUGGUUCAACAAUUGGGCUAAAUAGCUUGACACAAGCUCAGAUCCAUCAGAUCCAGCUUCAAUUCCACCUCCACAACAACCAACCAAGCUACCUUUACCAAAGUUCCCAACCCAACACCAUCAGCGCCAACAGUAACCCGAUGGUUAGCUUUCUUAGCCCUAAACCUGUUCCAAUGAAACACGUGGGUGCGCCAUCCAAACCCACCAAGCUUUACAGAGGAGUUAGGCAACGCCACUGGGGAAAAUGGGUCGCUGAGAUCCGGUUACCUAGAAACCGGACACGUCUUUGGUUAGGCACUUUUGACACUGCCGAGGAAGCAGCCUUGGCUUAUGACAAAGCAGCUUAUAAACUAAGAGGUGACUUUGCGAGACUCAACUUCCCUAACCUUCGCCACCACGGUUCCCACGUUGGUGACUACAAGCCUUUGCCUUCUUCUGUUGACGCUAAGCUACAAGCCAUUUGUGAGAGCUUGGAACAAAACCCUAAGCAAGGGAGCAAGAAGAAAUCAUCCAAGGUUACGGCAGACACCAAAAGCAGGAGCAACAACAAAUCCGACAUGGCAGAGCCAAAGCCCGAGGAGAAUACAGCGAAAGUGGAGAACUCCUCAUCUUUGUCUACGGUUCAAUCCGAGAGUGAGGGUUCGGCUGUAUCUUCACCUUUAUCAGAUCUUACAUUCUCGGAUUUCGACGAACAGCCAUGGCCGGAAGUCGUUUCUUCUUCGGAAACUUUUAUGUUGUCCAAGUACCCUUCUGAGAUCGAUUGGGAUUCCAUCUAAAAGCCUGAAGGGAAAAACCCAUGUUUCGUUUUCUGUGUAACAGUCUUUUGUUGUUUAGGAGUUUCCUUUCAUGUAUUUGGUUUUUUUUUGUAAAGCUAGCUGCAAUGGGGUUUUUGGCAGUUGCAGUGGCAUGUAUUUUAGGUUAUUAAGAGUCUGUUAAUGAAUGUAAGUGCUUGUGUUCGUAAGACUUUGUGAUUUUCUCCAUGCUGGUCAGCUCGUUUUUUUUCUUGCUGAACCAAACGGUGAAAUUUGUUAGUGUCUAUAAAAAAGGUUGAUAGCUUUUGUAUUUUGUACGAAUUAAAUGUUAUUUAUGUUGUAUUCUCUGGUA